AUGAAUGGUUUUCAUAAUCAUGAUGAUCCGGAUUCUCUUAUUGGACACGCUGUCGUUUGUGGGUUGAAUCUACAUCAAUUGGAAACGGUAAGGUCAAUGAAAGAGUGUAAACCAAGUGACAUCCUUAGGAAGAUUAAGGAGGAGGAUAAGAAUAACUUUCCCACUUUGAGGCAAAUUUACGCGGCAAGAGCACCCUUUAGGAGGAGGGAAUGGGAUGGUAGAGCGGUUAUGGAACAAUCUCAGUGGUUAGCCGAUCAACACGGAUACACACUGAGGAAGCAGUUAUUGGAAGGCAAAGUGACUCGUAUUUUCUUGGCGCAUCCGGAGAUGAUCAAGUUCUCCUAA